AUGUUUCCAUUCAUUGUGGUUACGCAAGACACGCACGGUCAUCAUAUGUCUGGACCAGUCGCCGAGAUGCUGGCUCUCAUCGUACGGGGCCUUAACGUCAGGCCAGUGUUGUCUUUACCUCCGGAUGGCCAGUGGGGGUACAAAGUGAACGGCAGCUUCACCGGAGCAAUCGGCAUGCUACAGAGAAAGGAAGUGGACCUGUUCAUCGGCCCGGCUGGCCUGAUCGCCGAGCGACUGGAGGCGGCCAACUUCUACCCCUACGUGUUCGGCUACUCCACCAUACUGGCACCGCACCCGCGAAAAAUCGUCGACCCCUUCAGCUUCAUCAACGCCUUCCAGCCCGAGGUCUGGCUGGCCAUCUUCCUGGGCUGGUUCCUGGUGGCCUUCGUGUCGACUGUCGGGGAGUCGCUGUUUUCCUCGCUUGCUCCGGGUCACGGCAGAGGCCCGCAUCUCGGUGGCUACUGGAACCAUCUCUGGGAAUACUUGCAGUUCAUGCUUCCACAAGGCUGCAACAAGCGCACCUCGAGCGAGUUCGGCCGAGUGCUGCUGUGCUUCUGGUUCCUAGCCAUGCUUGUGCUCAUGUCCAGCCUCGGGGGCGAGCUCAAGGGAAGCCUGCUCGUCAAGGACACCGAAGACCACGUGGACUCGGUGGACGACCUGCUCCGCUUUCCCGCCAUACGCAUCGCCGCUGAGAAAGGAAGCGUCCACGAGAGAUUCUUCAACAGACCAGCUCAUCCAACGUUCCGCAGCCUGUAUCCGCGACUGCAGCCAGUCCGUGGUUCGCUGACGUCGAUGGACGUGGCGGCCGCCGUCCUGGACCAAGUGGAAGCCCGGACUCACGUGUUCGUCCUGCCUCUGACGUACCUGAAGGGACUGCUCAACGCGCGCUUCACCGCCAGCGGGGGCCGCUGUCGCUUUCACGUGGUCCGCAAUCCGCUCUCACUCACCACGGUCGGCAUGUUUCACCGCAAGGACCUCGCGCCCGACACCAGAGAAGCCAUCGAGAAAAGAGCCCGAUACAUGAUCGACAGCCACCUCUUCGAGCGCAUGAUUGACACCCGAGUGAUCAACUACACUCGCUGCUUGCAGGAGGAAGAAGACCACGUCGACGCUCUCAGUAUCGGCGACGUGCACGGAAUAUUCUACCUGUACUUGGCCGGCGUCUGCACCUCAUUCGUUGGCUUCGGCCUCGAACUAGUCGCGCACGCCUUGGCACCUCGCGAGGGAAGCAAGGCGACGAAACUGUCGCUCGUUCAAGCUCGACGCGUUAAGUUGAGUGCUCUCAACGAGGAAGCAUAA